AGCAGAGUGCCUGGAACACUUCCUAACACAGAAUACUGGGGAGAAUGGCAGUCAAGGCUCCAUGGUUGGGAUUCUUGCUUCUGGUUUCCCUCUGGGGACUGUCAACUCCAGCCUUGCUUCUCAGGCGCCUGAGGGAACACAUUCAGAAGUUUCAGGAGAGCUCUAGCCUACACCCAGGCUUUGGACUAGGCCAUGGUCCUGGGGCUGUCCCCAAACAAGGGUGGUUAGAACAGCCACUGGAUCCCUUCAAUGCAUCUGACAGACGAACCUUCCUGCAGCGGUACUGGGUGAAUGAUCAACACAGAACUGGCCAAGAUGUACCAGUAUUUCUGCACAUAGGAGGCGAGGGCAGCCUUGGGCCUGGCUCAGUGAUGGCAGGGCAUCCUGCGGCACUGGCCCCUGCCUGGGGGGCCCUGGUGAUAAGCCUAGAACACAGAUUCUAUGGUUUGAGUAUGCCUGCUGGGGGCCUGGAUCUGGCCCUGCUUCGCUACUUGUCCAGCCGCCAUGCGUUGGCUGACGUGGCUUCCGCUCGCCAGGCGCUCUCCGGCCUCCUCAAUGUGUCUUCUUCCAGCCCUUGGAUCUGCUUCGGAGGCUCCUACGCUGGCUCGCUGGCGACCUGGGCCCGGCUGAAGUUCCCCCACCUAGUCUUUGCCGCCGUCGCCUCCUCAGCACCGCUGAGCGCUGUAGUGGACUUCUCCGCCUAUAACCAGGUGGUGGCCAGAAGCCUGACACAAGUCGCCAUAGGAGGAUCAUUGGAGUGUCUGGCGGCGGCCUCCACCGCCUUCACGGAGGUGGAGCGGCUGCUGCGCGCAGGCCCGGCGGCUCAGGCUGUGCUGAGGGAGGAACUGGGCGCCUGCGGGUCCCUGGACCUUACGGAAGACCAGGCGGAGCUGCUGGGAGCGUUGCAGGCGCUGGUGGGCGGCACCGUGCAGUACGACGGGCAGGCGGGAGCGCCGCUAAGCGUGCGCCAGCUCUGCGGUCUCCUGCUCGGGAAGUGGGGAAACCGCAGCCGCUCCACGCCCUACUUGGGGCUUCGCCGGGCUGUACAGAUAGUCUUGCGCAGCAUGGGACAGAAGUGUUUAAGCUUUUCCCGGGCAGAGACAGUGGCACAGCUGAGCAACACCGAACCGCAAGUGUCUGGUGUGGGGGACCGGCAGUGGUUGUACCAGACAUGCACUGAGUUUGGCUUCUAUGUCACCUGUGAGGGUCUUCAGUGUCCUUUUUCCCAGCUCCCAGCACUGCCCUUCCAGCUAGAGCUGUGUGAACAAGUGUUUGGCCUCUCACCUGCAUCUGUUGCCCAGGCUGUGGCCCAGACAAACUCCUAUUAUGGUGGUCAGAGCCCUGGAGCCACCCAAGUACUGUUUGUUAAUGGAGACACAGAUCCUUGGCAUGUAUUGAGCGUAACACAGGACUUAGGACUGUCUGAGCCAGCCCUUCUAAUUCCUAGUGCUUCCCACUGCUUCGAUAUGGCACCUAUGAGGCCUUCAGACUCUCCCAGCCUCCGCCUGGGACGUCAGAAAAUCUCCCAGCAAUUACAGGAUUGGCUCAAAGAUAUAAAGAAGAGCCAGAGUUGAUGUGGGAUCAAAACCCAGCCCUUUGACAGUCCCAUCACAGGAACUGCAUCCUGGCAUUUUUCUUCACUGUAGAAGAGAAAACAGCUGUUUGGAAGGAGGAAGUUCCUAGACGUGGGACUCAGUGCCUGUUCUGCCUGCUUGUUCUCAAUUUAUCUUCAUUGCCAACUAGAAGUUCUUUGUCACGGAUUAGUAUAAAUGUAGGCAAAUGAUUACUGUCCUUUGUAGGUAGUGAUAUUCUGUAUGGUAAAUGUCAGGGGAAUGUGGCUUUCCAUGCUGGAGCCGCCUUCUCCCAGAUAAGAACCUGGCUUAAAUUCUGUCUCUUCAUUCUUGACUGGCACCUACUGCAUAGAACUCUUCACAUCCUGACUCUGUCUCUCCUGAGUUUUAGUCUGUGGUAGUUGAACUUCAUUGUCAGCCUACCUGAAUUUAGAAUCACAUGGAAACAUAACCCUGGACUGACUGACUACCUUUGAGCACGUUUUCAGUAAAGUUAUACUGAAGAGGAAAGACCCGCCUGAAAUGGUGGUAACACCCAUUACUGAACUCCCAGCUGAAUAAAAGAAAUGGUGAGCACCGGC